AUGCCGCACCACGUGUUCCCGCGCGCCACGUCCACGGUGGUGCCCGACCCGUCCCGCUUCUUCGCGCCGCCGCUCCUCGCCGCGCCGCUCCCCACCAACUCCUUCUUCCAGAACUUCGUGCUCAAGAACGGGGACCAGCCGGAGUACAUCCACCCCUACUCCGUCCGCUCCCCCGGCGGCGCCGCCCUCGACGUCUGCUACCCGUCGCGGAACCACUCGCCGUCCUUCGUCAUCCAGACGUUCGUCGCCGACGUCACCGUCUCCGACGCCGCCGGGAGCACGGCGCAGCGCCACUCCGUCUCGGCCUUCGACGACCUCUCCGUCACGCUCGACGUCUCCCCGUCCCUCCGCGCGCACCUCGUCCGCGGAUGCCCCUACGUCACCGUCACCACCACGGCGGGGCCCGUGGACGUCUCUGUCGCGUCCGUCCACGCCUUCCUCGACGUCGCCUGCUGCGACGACUCGGGGACCAAGUGGCGCCUCCGGAUGAACAGCGGCCAGACGUUCCUCCUCUACGCGUCCGCACCGAUCCGCCUCGCGCAGGCCACCACCUCGCAGCUCUCGGCGCCCGCCUUCGCCGGCGCCAUCCGGGUCGCCUACCUCCCCGACGCGUCCAUGGAGCCCCUGCUCAUGCUCGCGCACCUGCUCCACCUCCGCCUGCUCGCCGAAGACGACUGCGCCGUGCGGGUGCUCGACGACUGCCGCUACCGGAGCAUCGACGGCGAUAUGGUCGGCGUGGUCGGCGACGCCUGGGUUCUGCGCACCGACCCGGUGUCCCCGACAUGGCACUCCACCCGCGGCGUCAGCGAGGACGGCGUCGCCGAGGUCGUGGCCGCGCUCCGCGCCGACGUGGCCGGCCUCGCGUCCACCGCGGUCACCACCACCUCGUCCUACUUCUACGGGAGGGCCAUCGCGCGCGCGGCGCGGCUGGCGCUGAUCGCGGAGGAGGUCGGGUGCCCCGACGUGAUCCCCGCGGUGCAGCAGUACCUCAAGGCCGCCGUCACGCCGUGGCUGGACGGCAGCUUCCAGGGGAACGGCUUCUUCUACGACGCCAAAUGGGGCGGGCUGGUGACGCUGCAGGGGCUCAAGGACUCCGGCGCCGACUUCGGGUUCGGCAUCUACAACGACCACCACUACCACCUGGGCUACUUCCUCUACGCCAUCGCGGUGCUGGCCAAGAUCGACCCGUGCUGGGGCCGCAAGCCGGCGCCAGCUUUACCCGGCUGCGGAUGUUCGACCUCUGGAAGCUGCACUCGUGGGCGGGGCCUGACGGAGUUCGCCGACGGGCGCAACCAGGAGAGCACCAGCGAGGCCGUCAACGCCUACUACUCGGCGGCGCUGGUGGGGCUCAGCUACGGGGACGCGCACCUCGUGUCCGUGGGCGCCACGCUGACGGCGCUGGAGAUGCUGGCGGCGCAGACGUGGUGGCACGUCCGGGAAGGGGAGGGCAUCUACGAGGACGACUUCAGCGGGAACAACCGCGUCGUCGGGGUGCUGUGGGCGAACAAGCGCGACAGCGGGCUGUGGUUCGCGCCGCCCGAGUGGAAGGAGUGCCGCCUCGGGAUCCAGCUGCUGCCCGUGCUGCCCAUCAGCGAGGCGCUGUUCCCGGACGUGGCGUUCGUCAAGGAUCUGGUGGCGUGGACGCUCCCGGCGCUGGCGAGGGACGGCGUCGGCGAAGGCUGGAAGGGCUUCGUGUACGCGCUGGAGGGGAUCUACGACAAGGAGGCGGCGCUGACCAAGACCCGCGCACUCAAUGGCCAUGAUGAUGGCAACUCGCUGACCAACCUGCUGUGGUGGCUCCACAGCCGCGGCAACGUCGUCGGGGACGGGGACGCCGGGUUCAGCCGCUGCUGCUGGUACCGCCAGUACUGCCACUGA